AUGAGCGAACAUGGUGAUUUUGUUUUUUAUCACUACACACCCAAUCUCUUCGCGGGGGCCCUCUUUGCAGCCCUUUUCGGACUCUCGACAGCAUGGCACAUAGUCCAACUCAUCCGUACACGAACAUGGUCCUUCAUUCCACUUGUUAUCGGAGGAAUAUUCCAGGUAAUUGGUUACAUCGGUCGAGUCCAAUCGCAUUAUGACACAGAAGCUCUCGGACCAUACAUUAUGCAGACACUUCUCCUCCUCGUAUCGCCCGCUCUUUUUGCUGCCUCAAUCUACAUGAUUCUUGGCCGCAUCAUUGCUCUCGUUGAGGGAGGAAAACACUCCCUUGUCAGGCUCACAUGGCUCACAAAGAUCUUUGUUGCCGGUGACAUUUUCAGUUUCACACUGCAGGCUGGUGGUGGUGGAAUGAUGGCCGGAGGCUCCGACAAGUCCAUGAAAAACGGUGAGAGACUGGUUCUUAUCGGUCUCUUCGUCCAAAUCAUCUUUUUCGGUUUCUUUGUCAUUGCCAGUAUCGUGUUCCAUCGCCGGAUCAACCAGGACCCAACCGGCGCCUCGAUAUCCCUCGCAAAUUCAGCAAUGAGCUUCAAGACCAGCUGGGUAGGGCUUCUGUAUGCUCUGUAUGCCUCUUCAGUGGCGAUCCUAGUCAGGAGUGUCUUUAGAACCAUUGAGUAUAUCCAGGGCAACUCGGGAUAUCUGUUGAGGAAUGAGAUCUGGUUGUACUUGUUUGAUGCAGUACUGAUGCUGGCGGUGAUGGUCAUCUUUAACUGGGUUCAUCCGGCCGCUGUGUUGCAAGGGAGAAGGCCAGUGAGGUCGCGUGACGACUGUGAGGAUAAUUCAACGGAGAUGAUGGCAUAG